CCCCCCCCACCCCCCUUCCUCCCUCUCAUUGCCUCUCUCUCCUCUGCUUGAGCCAGUUGUGAGCCAGGUGCCCAGGUCCAGCAAAAUUGUUUCUUGAUUGGUUUCACACGGUGUCUGAAUUCUGAAGAACGGACAUGGCGGCACUGGAGAAGAAAGCGCACGCGCCCUUCCCAAGAGCAGCGAAGCCCUCCAAUCCUUCAGCAAGGCUCAAGCGAUCCAAGAGUGACUUGGAGGACAAAGAUGCAAAGGGUGCUCUCCGGUCUUCACAGAAAUCACCCAAUAAAACUAAGCUGCAAGGUAAAAAUUCAAACUCUCACCAGAAAUGUGAAGCCAAGAAGGGAAUUCAGCCAAGGAGCGAGGCGCAGAACUCCCUGAAGAAAGAGAUUCUGCAACUGGAGAUGCACCUCAAGGAUCAGCAGGUGGUGCGCGGCGCACUGGAGAAAGCGCUGGGGCCUGAUCCUGCUCCUGUCACUCUCCAAAAUGAGAGCCCGAUGCUAAAGCCGGCAACUCAGCUGAUAAGGGAGGUUGCGACAUUGGAGCUGGAGAUCAAGCACUUGGAGCAGUACCUGCUAACACUCUACAGGAAAGCAUUUGAGCAGCAGCAGCAACAGCAAGCACCCACAUUGCAGUCUUCAGAUGCUCACCGGGAGGCGCCGAAGCUGUCAGUGAGCUCAAGGUCUGCGCAGCUGGAUGAGACGCCGAAGGCGAAGGCUCCUAUCAGGAAAGGAGAUGAUCCGAUGCUCCAUUACAGCUGCCCUCCACUCAGAAAGGGGAGGAAUGGCGCGGCGGAUGAUUCUUCGCCGUCGACGUGCCCGAGGAGGACUACAGACUUCGAUCAUGGCCUCCGCAGCCAGUCUGCGCUGUCGUUCCGGGGAGUGUGUUCGUCCAGGAUAUCACCCACAGAGGACAGUCUCGCGAGGGCUCUUCGAUCGUGUCACUCUCAACCUUUCUCCUUCUUGGAGGAAGGGGAGACUGCAACAUCAGGAGUGGUAAGCUUGGCUGACUACCUGGGUACUAACGUGGCUGACCACAUCCCUGAAACUCCCAACAACCUUUCCGAGGAGAUGGUCAGGUGCAUGGCAGGGGUGUUCUGCAAGCUCGCCGAUCCUCCUCUGGUUCACCACCGGCCGUCGUCGUCGCCUUCCUCCUCGCUCUCCUCAGCGAGUGUGGUGUCUCCACAGUACCUCGGGGACAUGUGGAGCCCCAGUUGCAGCAGGGAAGCGACGCUCGACUCCCGGCUGAUCAACCCCUUCCGUGUCGAGGGCCUCAAGGAGUUCAGUGGACCGUACAACUCCAUGGUCGAGGUCCCGUCGAUCUCCCGUGACCGGCAGAGGCUCAGAGAAGCUGAAGAUCUGCUCCAAACCUACAAGUUGCUUCUUUAUCGGUUGGAGACUGUUGAUCUGCGGCGGAUGACGAACGAGGAGAAGCUCGCUUUCUGGAUCAACAUACACAACGCAUUGCUGAUGCAUGCCUACCUCAAGUACGGCGUCCCACAGAACCAUCUGAAGAAGACAUCACUGCUUGUCAAGGCUGAAUGCAAGAUCGCCGGGCGCACCAUCAACGCGGCGGUCAUCCAGGGCCUGGUUCUCGGUUGCAGCACACACUGCCCCGGACAUUGGCUGCGGACUUUGCUGCACCCAAGGAUCAAAAGCCGGGGGAGCAAAGCGGGGAGCGGCGAGUGGCAAGCCUUUGCCGUUCAUCAGUCGGAGCCCCUUUUGCGCUUUGCGCUUUGCUCGGGGAGCCACUCCGAUCCCGCGGUCCGGGUGUAUUUCCCGAAGCGGCUGUCGCAGCAGCUGGAGGCGGCGAGGGAGGAGUACAUCCGGGCGACGGUGGGGGUGUGGAAGGAGCACCGGGUGCUGCUGCCCAAGCUGGUGGAGGCCUACGCCCGCGACGCCAAGCUCUCGCCGGAGCGCCUCGUCGACGCCGUGCAGCGGAGCCUCCCGGAGAGCCUGCGGACGGCGGUGCAGCGCUGCCGGGGCGGCAGGUCCGCCGCCAAGGUCGUCGAGUGGGUGCCCCACCGCCAGAGCUUCCGGUACCUGCUCGCCAGGGACCUCGCCUUCCCGCACCUCAGCUGAUGUCUCUCAAGUCUCGCCGGCGUUGCUAGCUGCCGCCGCCGCUCGCUAACUGCAUCGAUCAUUAGGUGGUGGUGAUGUGUUCAUAGAUUUGAUUCUGGCAUGAUUGUUUGCAUCCAUGAUUUUGUAGGAAAUGGGUAUUCUCUUGUGUGUGUGACAGAGGGAAAAGCUGCGCAGUGUGUGUGAUCUGCGCGCUGUAAAGGGAAUUUGUAGAUAGCAACACAAAAAUGAAAAAAAAAGAGAUGAAAAUUUGCAGGGGCAAACUAUGAUGCUUUGAGUUCA